AGCUUUCUAGCCUCCUUUUGGCUUUUGAACCCUCUUUCUCUCUCUUCCUUCAUCUUGAAACCCCAACCCAUAUAAUUUUAUAACUUAGUUCAUCUCUGUUUCUCUCUCUUCAUACGUACAAAUAAAUAAUACUAUAUUAUUAUCAUCAAUUAUUAUUAUUAUUAUUAUCAUCUAGACAUGGUUCCGUGAAGUUAUUCAAAGUUGUGAGAUCUACUUCCCAGAACUGACUCAAUACAAGAAGAAAAUAAGAUGGUUCAACAGAUUACAGUCACAUAACCCUAACUGUACGGAUUUGAAGAGUGAUUGAUAUUUUCAGGAGAUCCUUUUUUUGGACUGCAAUCGGGGAUCGCCGCUGCUCUAUUUGAAAAAUCUUGACAUCAAUUGGAUUCAUUUUCAGUCAUGUUGAGGUGAUGAUUGAAACAGUUAGUUGGGGCGUUGUGAAUUUUCUUUUGUGAUGGCAUAUAGGUUGACUUGAUUGAAAACAUCAGAUUUGUAUUCGAUGAUCACCGUUAAUUGUUGAUGUUAUUAUAGUCUGGUUGCUGGUUUAGGAUAUGCUUUUUGUAAAAAUAUUUGCAAAUUGCAAAUCCUUUUGAGUUUUAUAAGUUGACUUAUUAUAUAGUUUAAAUAUAAAGCAGCUAGUAUAUUGAAGAUUGGCAUGUAAUAUAUAGUGUAUUUUGAUAGAAAUAUAGUUGAGAUACACUUGUACAAUUAUCUAUUGGCCAUCGAGAGUUUUAGCUACUUCAAAGUGUUUGUCUGAGCAUCAUAUUUUUCCGGGCCUUGCGGCUGUGUUCAAAGAAGAAAAAUGGAAGCAGAGACUUUGAGAACGGAACAGACGAAGAGUACAAUGGAGGGUGAGAAAUUGAGUAAUAAUCACCCUCCAGGAUUUCUUAGCCGGUUACUUCCGGCUCUUGUACCCAUGCUUUUGAUUUCGGUAGGAUAUGUUGACCCUGGAAAGUGGGUUGCAAGUGUCGAAGGUGGCGCAAGGUUUGGUUUUGAUCUGAUGGCUUUCACACUGAUUUUCAAUUUCGCUGCUAUCUUCUGUCAGUACAUAUCUGCAAGGGUUGCUGUAAUCACCGGAAGAGAUCUUGCUCAGAUUUGCAGUGACGAGUAUGAUACUUGGACAUGCCUUCUUCUUGGAAUUCAAACAGAAAUUUCAGUGAUUAUGCUAGAUCUUAACAUGAUCUUGGGAAUGGCACAAGGAUUAAAUCUUAUUUUUGGGUGGGACUUGUUCACCUGUGUCUUUUUGACUGCCACUGGUGCUGUUUUUCAUAUACUUCUUGCUGUCCUCCUUGACAUUGAGAAGGCAAAAUUCCUAGGGCAGUUUGUGGCAGGCUUUGUAUUAGUUUCUUUUAUACUUGGACUACUCAUCAAUCAAUCAGAAGUUCCACUUUCCAUGAAUGGAAUACAAAUAAAGUUGAGUGGGGAGAGUGCAUUUAUGCUAAUGAGUCUUCUUGGAGCGACACUUGUGCCUCACAACUUUUACCUUCAUUCCUCUAUUGUACAGUGGCAUCAGGGACCGGAACACAUUUCUAAAGAUGCCUUGUGUCAUAAUCAUUUUUUGGCCAUCUUAUGUGUCUUCAGUGGUCUUUAUUUGGUAAAUAAUAUACUGAUGACUACCUCAGCAAAUGAAUUCUACAGUACAGGUCCUGUUUUGCUUACUUUUCAGGAUGCACUGUCACCAAUGGAACAGGUGUUGCGUAGCCCAAUAGCUCUGCUUGGUUUUGUACUCAUUUUGUUUCUUGCAAAUCAAACUACAGCAUUAACUUGGAGUUUAGGCGGACAAGUAGUAGUAAAUGGUUUCUUAAAACUGGAUAUUCCAGGUUGGCUUCAUUAUGCGACAAUUAGAGUGAUUGCUGUGCUUCCCGCCCUUUAUUGCGUCUGGAGUUCAGGAGCUGAAGGGAUGUAUCAGCUACUCAUAUUCACUCAAGUUUUAGUAGCUCUGCAACUUCCAUCUUCUGUGAUUCCCCUUUUUCGAGUUGCCAUGUCUAGAUCAAUAAUGGGUGCACACAAGAUCUCCCAGUCUCUGGAACUUUUGGCAUUGGUUAUAUUCAUUGGGAUGCUUGGCUUGAAUAUCGUCUUUUUGGUAGAAAUGAUAUUUGGCAAUAGUGAUUGGGCGGGUGAUUUGAGGUGGAAUGUGGGGAAUGGUGUGUCUGCCUCAUAUUCUGUUCUUCUUUUUGCUGGGUUUAUGUCAUUAUGUUUGAUGCUUUGGUUAGCUGCCACACCUUUAAGAUCUGCCAAUGUUCAAUUAAAUGCUCAGGUGUUGAACUGGGAUAUGCCAGAGACUGUAUCAAAUCCGCUGGUUGAAGGUGAAGAAUCAUAUAUAACGGAAACAGUGUGUCAUGAAGAUGCAUAUGUUGAGGCCGAGGAACCAAAACCAGCUUUAGCAAGGACCUUAGAGUACUCAGAAGUAUCACUUGCAAGUUUUCGUCCUGAUCUACCUGAAACCAUAAUGGAACAUGAUCCCCAGGUGAAUGAUGUAAAGGAGAAUCAUUUUGUUACAUCAUCUGUUUCCACAUCAGAGUCGGGGGCAGAAGCAACUGUAGUUAAUGAUAGUUCUGAUUCUAGAUUUGAAGACACAAAAACUAUAGUGGAAACAAAUGCCCCAGUAGAGAAGACUGUGGAAAUUGAAGACGAUUCAAAUGCGGAAAGGGAUGAUGAUGAUGGAGACUCGUGGGAAAUUGAAGAAUCAUCUAGAGCGGUUUUGGCUAAUGCUCCAUCUUCUACAUCAGAAGGCCCUCCAUCAUUCAAGAGUAUUAGUGGGAAAAGUGAUGAUGGUGGGGGUAGCUUUGGAAGUCUAUCAAGAUUAGAAGGUUUAGGACGUGCGGCAAGACGUCAGCUAGCUGCUAUUCUUGAUGAAUUCUGGGGACAGCUUUAUGAUUUCCAUGGGCAAGCAACCCAGGAAGCAAAGGCCAAGAAAAUUGAUGCUUUGCUGGGUGUUGGAGUAGAUUCGAGAUCCACCACUUCCUUGCAGAAAAUGGAUGUAUGUGGAAAGGACUAUUCUGAAUACUUAGCACCUGUAGGCGGUAGACUUUCUGACACUUUCAUUAACGCUGGUCCAUAUGACUAUUCCAAUCAGCCUAGGAUGCAAAGUAAUUCAGAGUCUUCAUAUGGUCUUCAAAGGAGUUCUUCCUCAGUGCGGGCAAGUCCCAUCCAGUUAUUGGAUGCAUAUGUACAAAAUUCCAGCCGCAAUUUCAUUGACUCUGGUGAGAGGCGCUAUUCCAGUGUGCGCAAUCUUCACUCAUCCGAGGCUUGGGAUCAUCAGCCAGCUACAAUACAUGGUUAUCAGACUGCAUCCUAUCUUAGCCGAGGCGUGAAAGAUAUAAAUUCUGAAAACAUAAAUGGUUCAAUGCAAUUGUCAUCGCUGAAGUCCCCUUCCACAAGUAAUACAAACUACAGGGAUUCCCUUGCGUUUGCUUUGGGAAAAAAGUUGCAUAAUGGUUCAGGUGUAAGCCAUCCCCCUGGGUUUGAAAAUGUAGCUGUCUCAAGAAAUCGCCAACUGCAAUCUGAGAGAUCCAAUUAUGAUUCUUGCUCCUCUGGACCUGCAGCUAAUACUGUCAAUUCAGUUAACACUAAGAAGUACCACAGCUUGCCGGACAUUUCAGGAUAUGCCAUCCCCCACAGAGCUGGCUAUGCAUCUGAUAAGAGUGCACCAUGGGAUGGUUCCGUUGGAUAUGGUUCUUUUGCUGGUAGGAUGUGUUACGAACCAUCUUUAUAUUCAAAUUCUGGAUCAAGAGCAGGAGCUCAUUUGGCCUUUGAUGAAGUCUCUCCAUCUAAAGUGUACAGUGUCAGAGAGGCAUUCUCUUCACAGUUGAGUUCUGGUUUUGACACUGGAUCCCUCUGGUCUAGACAGCCCUUUGAGCAGUUUGGUGUUGCUGAUAAAAUUCACAAUGUUGCAAUGGAGGGUGCAGGAAGCAGACCUAAUGCAAUUGUUCAAGAAACUACAUUUGAGUAUAUAGAGGGGAAACUUCUUCGGUCUCUUAGACUUUGCAUUGUGAAGCUCUUAAAACUGGAGGGGUCUGAUUGGUUGUUUAAACAGAAUGAUGGAAUUGAUGAGGAUCUGAUUGAUCGCGUGGCAGCAAGGGAAAAAUUUGUUUAUGAAAUUGAAACUAGGGAGAUGAAUCAAGUUAUUCAUAUGGGUGAAACUCGCUAUUUUCCUUCUGAUAGGAAAUCUGUUUCUUCGUUGAAAAACAAUGAGGCAAAUUCCUCUAAUCCUUUGGUUUCCUCAGUUCCCAACUGUGGGGAGGGAUGUGUAUGGAGAUCAGAUUUAAUAAUAAGCUUUGGGGUCUGGUGUAUCCACCGUAUUCUUGACCUCUCAGUUUUGGAAAGCCGGCCAGAGCUUUGGGGGAAAUACACCUAUGUGCUCAAUCGCCUCCAGGGCAUCAUUGAACCAGCUUUUUCGAAGCCUCGUACUCCUUCAGCCCCAUGUUUUUGCCUUCAAGUUUCCACUACACACCAGCAAAAUUCAAGCCCACCUCUUUCUAACGGGAUGCUACCCCCAAUUGUGAAACCAGGCCGAGGCAAAAACACUACUGCAUCAACGUUGCUUGAGCUGAUUAAAGACGUGGAAAUCGCUAUCUCUAGCAGGAAAGGACGUACAGGUACUGCAGCUGGUGAUGUGGCUUUCCCAAAGGGCAAGGAAAAUUUGGCUUCCGUUCUCAAACGGUACAAGCGAAGGUUAUCAUCCAACAAGCUCGUUGGUAAUCAGGAGGGGACUGGUUCUCGCAAGAUCCCCUCAACAGGAUCAUACAACCAAUAACAUUUUGCAUUAACAGAAUCAGGUUUCUAUGGGGAUGUUUUAUAAUUUAUACUGUGAAGCAGCUCAUACCUAGAUCAAGGCGUGCUCUGCCUCCGUGUAUCAAAUUCCUUGCAGCAGAUUUUAUCUUUGUAUGUGACAUACAUAUAAGGAAAGAAUUAUAUGCAACUGUGUCAAAAUCAAAGUUAAAAAUGGUUAGAUGGAAAUAGAUCCAUUUUGUUUUUGUUGUUUUUUUUGUUGAUUAAAUUGCUUAUCUAGCUAGUCGAUAGAAGGCAGGGAAACAAUUGAGUUUUGACAGGAUUGUUUCCUAACUUUUGUACAAACUCCGAAUUUUUAUUGUUUGAAAUUUUCGCGAUGAAGCCUGAAAAAAAGAUGUUACAAGUACA